AUGUCGGAAAAAGUUGCUAUAGUGACUGGAGCGAACAAAGGUAUAGGCCUCGCUAUUGUAAAAGGCCUUUGUAAACGAUUUAGGGGUGCAGUUUACCUAACGUCUAGAGAUGAGGAAAGAGGUUUAAAAGCUGUUCAAACUCUUCAAGAAUUAGGAUUAACGCCCACAUUCCACAAACUUGACGUAAGCGACGAAUACAGUGUUAAAGAAUUCUCAGAUUUUAUUAAAAAUAAACAUGGUGGCUUUGAUGUUCUUAUCAAUAAUGCGGCUAUUCUUGAGUGGGAACAAGUAUAUCCAUCGUACGAGGCCGCGAAACGUAAUAUUGAUGUAAAUUAUGGCAGCUUACUGUUAAUUGAGCAAUACUUAUAUCCUUUCCUAAGAGAUGGCGCCAGAGUCGUUAACGUGUCAAGUGCUUGUGGACAUCUAUCAAAUUUAAAAAAUAAAAAAUGGUUGGAUGUCUUUACUCGUCAGGAUUUCACCACAGAAGACAUAAACAGAUUUGUUGAUGAAUAUUUAAUAAGUGUGCGAAAUGGAACGUUCAACCGAGACGAUUUUGCUGAUGGCGGAAAACAUGCUGAACAUCGGGUAUCAAAGAUCGCUGUUACUGCAUUAACUAUGGUACAACAGAGAAAAUAUCCAAAUGUUUCUAUUAAUGCCGUACAUCCAGGUCACGUGAAAACCGACAUGGCCUUUGGUAAAGGCGACAUCGAACCGGAUGAUGCAGCCAAAACAAUUCUGUAUCUUAUUUUUGAUGCUUCACCCAAUCUUAAAGGAACCUUUAUGUGGUAUAACAGAAAGCUGGUUGAUUGGUUUGACAUUGAAGGGGAUUAUUAUUACCAACACAGCGAAUAG